CUAUGUUUAUCAGAUUUACAACUGGGCAUAUAUUGCAGUGGGACUCCUGAGGGAUCAGCCAACUGUUUCUCCAGGGAGAAGAGGCAAGGAGCGGCUCAGUUGCCUGUUCUGAGACUCUGCUUCAAGGGGAGCAAGAGCCCUUCACCUGAAAUCCUCCCACGAUGCUGUGGCUGCUGCUGCUGCAGAUCUGGGUGAGCUGCCUCUGGCUGGGACACGGCGAGGUGGUGGAUUCCUUUGAAAACACAUGUAAUCAGUUUUUCUACCAGAAAAUGCCUGCAACAAAUGGUCUGCUGCCAGAGAACCCAGCCUGGAUCUGCCAGACCUUCAAAAGCCACCGUUUCUAUGCCACCUUGUAUGACAAAAAGGAGCGUAUUCCCGUGUACUCUGCUUACAUCUACCAGUUUGUCAGUAGCAAGAGAGUUGUACCAUUCUGGAUGGUGGAGCCCCAGCUGAUACGGGACAAUUUGCCCAAAGAUAUGGAAACAGAGCCAACCCUCAGAGAAACGUACUCAGUCAGUCAAAAGGAUAUCAGUGAGAGCCAGGCUGUCUACCAAGACUACCUGAAACUUGACGGUUUGGACCGUGGCCAUUUGAACCCCGCUUCCCAUCACGACACCCAGGAAGGCAGGAAUGCGACCUUCACCCUCACCAACAUAGUGCCCCAGAACAGCAAACUCAACAGUGACCAAUGGAACAUCUAUGAGCAGAAAACAAUGCCCAAGAAAAGCAAGGACUGUCAAACCACCUAUGCCAUUGUGGGUGCUGUGCCUGGUACCAACUACACCACUGAUAAGAGGGUUAAUGUACCCAGCUACAUCUGGGCCAGUGCCUGCUGCAAGACCAAACAGAACACCGUGAUUUCUUGGGGGGCCAUUGCUGAGAACAACCAGAACAAGGUCCGGAUUCUCAAGCUGGGGGCACUGGAGGAAACGUUGGCUGAGUUGUAUAAGAGGGGACCAGUUUCUCUGUUCCAUGACGACUGUCCCCGUACAUAAGCCUCACAUCCCGGGUGUAAAAGGCUCGGGGGCUUUUCCCACAUAUCACAGAAUCACAGAAUGGUUUCGUUCAAGGGACCUCAAAGAUCAUUCAGUUCCAAACCUCCCGCAAUAGAGCAGGGAUAUCUUCCACUAGACCAGAUUGCUCAGAGCCACCUCCAACCUGGCCUUGAACACUCCCAGGGAUGAGGCAGACACAGCUUCUCUGGGCAGCCUGUGUCAGUGUCUCACCACCCUCACAGGGAAGAAUUUCUUUCUGAUACGUAGUCUGACUCUGCCCUCUACCACUUUAAAUCCCCCUUCUCCUGUCACUCGAUGCCCUUGUUCAAAGUCCCUCUCCAAUGCUCCUGAAGACCCUUCAGGUACUGGAAUGGGAUCUAAAUUCUCCUAAGAGCCUUCUCCAGCUGAACACCCCCAGCUCUCUCAGCCUGUCUCCACAGCAGAGGUGAUCCAGCUCUCAGAGUACCUUCAUGGCCUCCUCUGGACUCCACCCCAACAGGUUGGUGUCCUUCUCUUGUUUUGAGUCCAGGGCUGGAGGCAGCACUGCAGGUGGGGUCUCACAAGUGCAGAGGAGAGGGGGACAAAUGUCCUGUGCAGUGACCAUCCUGCUCCCUUCUCUGGUGGGUUUCCAGCUCUGUCCCUCAGGGCAACUCCUCCUCCUGCUCUGAUAAAAAGGAGAAAGAGGUGGGUAGAGCCUCCAUCUGGUUUGCUUUGCUGCCCAUGCUGGCAGAGAGCUCUUAGGGGUGAGUCCUUGCCCUGGCAGUCUGGAGGGAACAGCUGGAGAAGAGCCCAUGGACAAGGAAAUCAGAGCUUCUUACUGAGACCAGAAGGGCUUUGCCUUGUUUCCCUUUUGCUCCAUGCCCAGAGACAGGUCUUAGUUCCUUCCUCUCCUCAUUAGCUGUCCCUCAGAGUGUGCUGCUGACUUGUUCCUCCCCUCCUUAGGAAGGCUGUGGGACGAGGGUGGCCCAGGUUGCCCACAGGUGUUGUGGAGUCUCCAUUGCUGGAGAGGCUCAAGCCCCAAGUGGACAUGAUCCUGGACAACCUGCUCUAGCUGAGCCUGCUUGACCAGGGCUCUGGACUAGGAGAUCUUGAGAGGUCCCUCCAAAUCUCAACAAUUCAGUGAUUCUGUGAUGCUGGGAACCAGAUUUUGUUUGCUUGCUUUUGAAACGUGCACCUUGUAGAAGCAGGAGCUGAGGUCUGAGAUAGGCAGGCUCAGGCAUCACAUAUACAAGAAGCUUUGACCAGUCAGAGAUAAAUUUCUGUCUGUGAUACACUGCUUGGAUAACUUCAUUCUCUGCUAUGCUUCUGAACCUUCUCUGCAGAUUUAUGGCUAAAUGAUUUUGUGACGUGUAUUAAUUGUAUUCAAUAUAAUCAAUGUAUUCAAUAUGUCAAUCAAAAGAUUGCCAGAUCAUGCAGUUCCUGAGUAGUUCACAAUAAAAAUCAUUUGCUCCAGUG